AUGGCAAGCUUGACAGUUCAGUUGCUGGGCUUCAGUGUCUCCUUACUUGGAUUCAUUGGAACAAUUGUUGCUACCGUGCUGCCCCACUGGUGGAGAACAGCUCAUGUGGGCACCAAUAUCAUCACCGCUGUAGAAUACAUGAAGGGGCUGUGGAUGGAAUGUGUGUGGCACAGCACUGGCAUUUACCAGUGCCAAGUCCAUCGGUCUGAACUUGCACUUCCUCGUAACCUUCAAAUAGCUCGAGCAAUGAUGGUGGCAUCUUGUGUAUUCUCAGUACUUUCAUGUGUUAUAUCAGUUUUUGGAAUGAAGUGCACUCAUUGUGCUAAAGGCUCUCCUGCCAAAAGAAUGAUUGCCGUUCUUGGUGGGAUCCUCUUUAUCCUGGCUGGUACAAUGUGCUUGAUUCCUGUUUCAUGGACCACCAAUGACGUAGUCCAAGCCUUCUAUAAUCCUGAACUCCCAUAUGGUAUGAAGUAUGAGAUUGGGCAAGCCCUCUAUGUUGGCUUCCUAUCUGGUGGUUUAACUAUCAUUGGUGGGAUUAUGUUACUUUCAACAUCAUCUCUUGGAGACAUUGAUCAUGUCCCCUACCUCCAUCAACCAUACAACACAAGAAGGCCCCCUUCAAGGAGACCUGCACCAGUACACAAAAGUAACCACGUUCCUUCUUGGUCAUCUGCAUCACGCAGUGGAUAUCAACUUAAUGACUUUGUCUGA